GCCGCGGGCGGCCCCGGCUGUGUCGGGACUGGUCGCGCCGCCGCUCUCCGGGCCCCGGCAUGGCGGCGCCGGGCUGCGAGGAGGCGCGGGCGGGCGGCCUGGCACCGGGGGCCGGCCCCUCGCCCACCGGCGUGGCGCGGCGGCGGGGCCGGACGCUGCUGGUGCGGCACCUGCCCGCCGAGCUGACGGCGGCGGAGAAGGAGGAGCUGCUGCGGCACUUCGGGGCGGCGGCCGUGCGCGUCCUGGCGGACCACGGGCGGCUGAAACAUACUGCUUUUGCUACCUUUCCCAGUGAAAAUGCUGCUGUAAAGGCUUUGUCAAGACUGCAUCAGCUGAAACUUUUAGGUCACACUUUAGUGGUUGAAUUCGCAAAGGAACAAGACAGCGCGCAGGUUCUUAGCCAGCCUUUACCCUCAGAGAAAUGUAAAAGUUCAGAAGAGCUGGUGAAAGAGGAAGAGAAGAAAGAACCAAACUGUCUUAAAAUAGACAAUGGAAUUGCACCCAGCCAUGGUCUCACCUUUCCCAUCAAUUCUUGCCUCAAGUACCUGUACCCACCACCUUCAAGUACAAUUCUAGCAAAUAUAGCAAAUGCCUUGGCAAGUGUGCCCAAAUUUUAUGUCCAGGUACUUCAUCUUAUGAAUAAAAUGAAUCUUCCUCCACCUUUCGGACCAAUUACUGCUCGCCCUCCCAUGUAUGAAGAGUAUUUACCAGUGCCUGUGCCACCUCCCCCAAUCCCACCUCUGCCUCCUGAAGAGCCUCCUUUGCCUGAAGAAGAAGAGCAAGUAUCUAGUGAGGAUGAAUCAGAAUAUGAAAGUGAUAACGAGGAAGAAAAAGAGAGAAUGACCAAAUUGAUGGAAUUAGCAACCCUUCAGCCUAAAAGACCGAUAAACACAAAGAGGCGUGGUGUUAGAAAAAAGCAAAGAAUUAAAGAUUUACUCAGUGUUCCGGUGUGUGCACCCCACAGUAAUUUACACCCUACAUUGUCACCUUCAGAUGUCUUUGAGCAGCCACAGCAUGUAGGUCAUAAAAAAAUUGAGUUCCAUAUUACUACUGACAUCCCAUCUGUUCUUCAGAUAAACUCGGAAAGAGAAGAAAAAAAUGACCUUUAUGCUGCUACAGAAGAAAUCAAUAACACAGGAUUUGGAAGGAUUUUCCCAGCUCCUAGCUCAAAUGAUAAAAUGGAAACUGAGGAAGAAGAUGAGGAAAUACCAUCAGAAUUUAUUUCUAGAAGGGAACUAGAAAAAAACAGGCUUUCUAGAGAAGAAAUGGAAAAAUUUUCUGUCUUCAAAAACUAUGAGCCAGGUGAUCCAAAUUGCAGAAUAUAUGUGAAGAAUUUAGCUAAACAAGUUCAAGAAAAGGAUCUUAAGUUCAUUUUUGGAAGAUACGUUGACUUCCAGUCAGAACUGGAACGAAAUAUGUUUGAUAUACGUUUGAUGAAAGAAGGCCGUAUGAAGGGACAGGCUUUCAUUGGCCUUCCUAAUGAAAAAGCAGCUGCUAAAGCUUUAAAAGAAGCAAAUGGAUAUGUCUUAUUUGAAAAACCCAUGGUGGUUCAAUUUGCUCGUUCAGCUAGACCAAAGCAGGAUUCCAAUGAAGGGAAAAGAAAAAAAUAGAACGCUGCAGAAGGUAUGGAUUUUCUGCCUCAAAAAAAAUUAUAGAAAAAAGUUGUGUGGUGGUGUGUUUUAUUUCUAUAUUUAUUUACUUAAUGUCUGCUUUGGGAAUAGUAAUGGUGAAAUAUAAAUAUUCCAUACAAAUUUUCUUUUCUUAAAUGUGUUCUACUAGAAAAACAGGCUGCAAGAUGCGUAGUUGUUGUAAGAUAAAAACAUUGCUUUAUCAAACUCUGUUUAGAAUCCUGGAGACUUGCCAGUUCCAUAACCUUGAGAUCCUAGGGUGGUUGCCAGUUUUUCUGAUCCUUAAUCUGGCGGCUCGGGACCUGGGGAGAAACAGUUUGUGGAAUCUGACCGCUUACCUUGUAGUAAUAUUCUGAGGUUUUGGCUUUGAAAAGGGUUGCUCCUUUGCCCCCUACCAGACACACACACAUACGUUGUAAAGGACCUCUGGUAACUUUGGAAAAUGAGAUCUUAGUAAUUUUGCAGCAUCCUUCAAGCUUGUCUCAUUUGGGAAAUGACAGUUACUUACAGAGUGCACAGGUGCUGAUUUUUGGCAUUUCUGUCUAAAUAGAUGAGAAAGUAACUUCUAGUAGAAAGCAAUUGCUUUAUUUCCUACCAUACAACUUCAUUCCUGCUUACUCUUAAGUAUUUGCUUUAUACUAGAGUAACUCAAAAUCAGCUGCAAUUUAACUGUGAAGAUUGUCAUGGCCCUGAAAAUUUUAGUGAACGGUCAAAUUAGCAUUUGAAGUAAUCUUUGGAAGACAGAAGCACCCUGUGCUCAGCCGGCACUCUUUGAUAGCACCACUACCUCAAAUGUAAAGGGCGUUUAUCUGAAUUACAUUGGGCAUCACUCUGGUUAUCCAUCCCUAUAUCUUAAUACAAUUGAACUUGAAGCUCAGGUUGAGUGCUUCUGAAACAUUUUGCUUACUCUAGCAUAUUUUUUAAUCUGGAUGUUCCGAUGAUUAUUACUUUGGAAGAAAACUGAAGUUUGAAAGCAAAGAUGUAAACAACUGAUUUUUACUUUUUAAAAAUUGUUUUGAUUCCCUGGCACUACUGUUAUGAGGGUAAUAUUCUAUUCAUAACAGCUACUUCAGUUGUAGGUUUCUCGUUCUGUCAGUUGUCUAAAAUGUUUCAUCAGAUUCCAGUAGAGCUUGUUUACCUCAUUUCUAAAGUGCUGUUUGGUCUUACCAGUUCCUAUUGUGAGUUACUGGUUUGUGGUUUGCAAAAUCUGUAUCUUUUAUCAAAUUACAGAUGACUCUUUUUUUACAGGCAUUCUUUUGUAUUCGUUGUUGAAAGUAGACAAAUGAGCCGUGACUAAAUUAUUCUGUAUUAUAUUCUCUCUAGUGUGUGAUAAGAAUAAUAUUAAGGUUUCUUUAAAUGCAAAAAAAAAAAAAAGGUAUUUUAGCUGGUGAAUAGCCUUACAAGUGAAGUCUGAAUGAUUUUAGUUAAGGCAUUCCAUACCUUUCCAGACAGUUUACUCUGUUAAAUUUGGUUCUGACUUAACUAAAUGUGCUAAAUAAUACUUGAAUUGCUUACAGAAAAUAAACAGGUGCUUGCUUGGUUAUUAAUCAUGUUGAUGAUCAACUCAGUAGCUUUUUUUAGAAUGAGCAAACAUUUAUGCAAGACUUAUUUGUACAUCUGGAAGUCUAGAUUGGUUACCUUGCUGUCGCUGAUAUAUUUAAUAUAUUGUGGAUAGGACUUCUUCCUUGCCUUGCCCAUUUAUAAGCAAAGAUCAGAGUACACCACAGACUAAUGCAGAUCCCUUGGAAUCCUAAAGGUUUAAGCACAGAUUAUUUCAUUCGCUUCCAUGCUAAUGAUGAGGCUGAACCCUAUUUAUACACAAAUGUGUUCUCCUGUCCAUGCUGAAAUACUUCAAUGGAUGCUGCUGCUAUGUGAUGCAAAAUUCCAUGAUAAAAUUCGAGUCUGUAAGCAAGAAGGACAUAAGAAUCUCACUUAAAAAAUGCAUGUGUAUAAAUAAAUUUAUACAAACAUCUGGGAGACGUCAAAUUUGAUCUGUCCUGCAUCUCAGUAUCUUUUUCUUUUUUUUUUUAUAAGACUAAAUUGAUGUAAGAUUUAACUCUGGUUAUUUUUGAACAGGAAGAAAUUGUGAUUAAGUCAUGAAAAUUAUUGCAAAUACUUUUUUUGCAAAUACUUUAUUUUCUCUAUAAAGUUUUUUUCACUUGUAGAGAAAAUACAUAUGGUUUAUAAAAAUACUCAUUGCUAACUGAAAUGUCUUUUUCUAAUGGACUGACAAAACCUUCCUUCAGUUGGUAUUUGGGGUGACUGUUUUCUGUAGCUAAAAUACAGCUUAUUGGGAUAAGGGUUAUGUAGAAGAAACCGAUGGUGAGAGGUCACCAGCUUCUUUGUAGAGAAGUGACCUGAAAGCCUGCAUUGAAUGGAAACAUGAUUGGGUUUUGGACCUGAUGGAAAAAGUGAGUCUGUAAAACUGAAAGACUUGAAGGAGAAUUAAUGAGACAGAACAGACUGCUAUUGUCCUCGUGGUUAUCAAAAGAUGUGCUUACUUUUGAAUAUGGAGUUCGUGUUGGUGGACUCAUCAACCCUCAUUAAAUCUCAUAAGGGGUCAAAAGUGUAUUUUAUUAAACGAGGCAUUUUUGUUUAUGAUAGGUAGCAUAAACUUGUGUGUGCAAUACUGAGAAUCAAGUAAAAUUAAACAACAUUCUGCUGUUCUUCUUUAGAAACAUUCCUGCGUAAAUACUGCAAUAAUACUGUCAUGCAGAGUGUAUCCUUUCUUGUUGUAUCCUUUUUUGUGCAAUGUUUCCCAUAGCACUCAACUACCUCUUAAGUUUUCACCUAGAGUAGGUGUGGGGAGGAGUUUAUACAUUUUAGAACUUGAACUAAUCUGGCAAUUUUAAAAGCAAAGGGCUCUUUCAGGGGGGAAAAAAUCAGUCAUCUCUGGGUGAAUAGAUGCAGUGAAGCUUCAUAAUCUUAAAAGGUGGCCUCCACCUUUUUCUUCAAAGGUUAUAUAACUUAAUUUGUGAUACAAUUCCUUAGCUUGUAUGGGCUCAAAGAGUUACACUGAUGUGUGUGGAGCUGUGCUGAGCUCACAUUGAGGAUGUCUUGCUUUUCUUUAAAUGAAUAUUGUAUGUCACAAAGCCAUUCUUACUGUUACUAAAGGGUAGGCAAGUGUCUUAGACCAUUUGAUUUCUGUUGUCCUGGUAUAUGAGAAACUGUCUAUUGAUUUUUAGUUUGUACUUUCCUUUUUCUUUUUUGAGUAGAGAACAAAAUAUAGUAUCAAAAGUAUCUGAUAAUGAAGUAAUAGUUUGGCAUUGAACUAUUAAUCACUACUACUUUGUUUUUAUUUUUCUAUGCACUGAGGUAGUGUAUAGAACAUAAAUUCUAUAUGAGUUAUAUAGCACACUGACUUACAUUUUUCUAUGUUAUUGUUUAAUUUACUGUAAUAUAAAAUUAAUAUAGCCUGUAUCUAUUAAGUCAGAUUUUUUUCAGAUAGCAAUUUUAGAAUUACAAGCGUCUUUCAAUUUUAGUUGUCAAAAGAAAGCAUAUCACUACUGUUAAUCUGGCUGUUCAUACUUCUAACAUGCCUUUGUGAUGUUCCAGGUCCUUUUUGUGUUCCAUCUCUUUCAAGUAUUAACAAGCUUGGCGAAGAAGCAGUGUAAUCAUCGGGACUCUGAACUGUGCGUAGCGCAUUUCUAAAGUAUUUAAUGCAGAGUAUAAAUUUUCUCAUCUUAAAGAUUCCAAACGUGUUGAAAUUGUCAUGAGACUUAUCCAAUAAAUGUAUGUGCAUUUGCUUUUGAAAUCUCUAAUAAAUUAUUUCCUUUCUCUUAA